CGUGUUAUUGGUCAUUAUUUCAUAAGUCGAUAUUUUAAGUAUAAAUAGUUCAGGAAUACUCCUGUUUACGUAAACGUUUUCAAUUUCUGUAGCUUUGUUUUAUUUUACUUAUUGCUAACUAUAAUUAAACAUUCAAUUAACAUACAAAAAUGCCAGACUUAUUCGAUAACUUUUUCGGUAAAAUCAACACCAAAAUAAACGGUGGAAAGACAACUUAUCAUUACGGUGGUGCUAAUCCCCCAAAUACUGGUAGUUUCUAUAGUUAUCAUUCAACUGCUAACAAUAAUAAUUAUUGGUUGCCAAAGGCUAAGCAAGACGAUGACAAAAUUGUAAUUGAAGCUAAAGAACGUCAACUGAGUAUCACUUCGAUUAAUUCUGAAACACUUGAAGGGGGUAGAUCGAGAUUUAGCAGUGUAUCUUCUGAGAAGGGCACUUAGUAGCAAUUACUUCUUAGUAAUAUAAGGAAAAAUAGCAUCAAUAGGGAUAUUUCAAUUCGGUUCUUAAAUUAUUAAAUUAAAUUAAAUUAAACAAUUAACUAAUUCGUUUAUUAUAUAUUAU